AUCAUUAGUCUAAACCUAGUGCUGUCUCAGAGAACCAGAUGUGCACACACUCGGUGCGAGCGAGGACUGGUCAUCUCAGCUCUGCUGAAAUCUCACUGUAGCGUGUAGGCACCAGGUCAGAAUCUAUUAGGGAGAGAUCUUUACAGGAAACACAAGCAGUUUCUGGGUUUCUGCACAGGCUUUCUGGAUAUAUGUCUGACAGAAUGUUUGUCAUACAAAAGACAGAUCACUCUGCAUGCAAACCCUAAAGAAAACUCUUGAGAAGAUCGAUGGACUUUUUUUCUCGCUGAAUGAAGAAACUGAAUAAUGAUGCUGUCUGUUAAAAUAGUCGCGGCGGUUUGUGUGGUUUAUCUGCGCCUGGGCGCUGCGUAUUUAGGCCCGCUGUACCCGGAGAUGUCCAAUGGCACCUUCCAUCACUACUUCGUGCCGGACGGCUACUACGAAGAAAACGACGACCCCGAGCAUUGCCAGAUGCUCUUUAGGGUGAAAGAUGAAACCCGCUGCGUUCUGGAGGAAGACAACGACGCGGUGAUCCGCGACGACUUCACCAUCCUUAAGCGUCACGUGGAGGACGCGGCGCGCGUGCUCGAGGGCAUCGGACGGAGCGUUGCGCUCGACCUGGACGGUGAGGAAAGCUACGGCGAGUUUCUCCGGCGCGAGAGCGUGCAGAUCGGCGAAGCCUUCUCCAGCUCCGAAAAGUCGCUGCUCGAGCUCGAGGUGAAGUUCAAACAGAGCCAGGAGCAGGAGCUACGCGACGAACACCGCAUCAGCGACGACUUCCUCGCCAUGGUUGCCCACACACGCGACACGAUGCGCAACACGCUGGACGUCGCGCUCGCGCUCAAGGACAAACAUGAGCUGCUGUCGCUUAUAAUUCGCAGCCACGGCACGCGCUUGAGCCGCCUUAAAAACGAAUACCUAAAGGUGUGAGCGCGUGCGUGUGCGAUCUACACUUUAAACGGGGAAAUAAAGCAACGUCCAACUUACUUGGGCAUUUUGGCUAACACAAUGCAGCUAUUUUGUGCAAUAACUAAACAGACAGAUUUCAUUUAGAGUAUAAAUGAGCUGAUGAGCUGCAGCAGAAAGGGCAGGAUUCAACAAGUUCCUUCUUAUCUAUAUUAAAGGAUCAUAUGAUACUCAGGCAUUGUGACAAUAGAAAGAACCAGGGUUUAAACACCUGUUCCAUCAUUUAGAUGAUGUCCAGGUAUUUAUAUGCAACAAUGAUAAUAAUAAUAAUGUAUUUUUUCUUUUGCUAGUAUUUGUCCAAGUGAUUUUAGUCAUUACUUGAAUGUGCAUAUUCUGCAAAAAAAAAGCAAAACUCAACAGAUUAAAGGGUGUUUUUCUUAUCUAAAAAAAAAAUCAUAUUUGUAUUUAGUUCCUCAGCAUGCCCAGCUAAAUCCCUAGUGUUAGAUUCUCACCUAGUGUUCACUCAUCCAUCUGGAUGAAACAUAUUAGGUGUCAGAUGAGCGCUGAGGACUUUGCUGUGUAUUUGCAACAGUUAAACAUGCUGACUAACCUCCUGAAAUACACACUGCUUAAAUAUAUGAUGUAAAAUAGCGUUUAAUAUUAAUUAUUAUUGAAAGGAGGAGAGAAUAUAUUUGUUAAAGCUUUUGUUCGAUGGGGAAACUGUUUUAAUGUUAAUUGCAAUGAGCUUUGAAAAUGUUAUACUGUGAGUUUCUACAUUUUUCAUGCAAAAACUGGCUUCAUUGUAACGUAUACUGUACAUGGCAGCAGUUUUUGCAGUAUGAAUAUAUUUGUGCAAUUAUUAAUUGAAAGGAAAAAACAAGACUGAGAUGACGUAUCCUCUGACCAACCAAGAUAACUGCGGGCAGGAAUAUUGGACUUCAAAGCUUCUACCAUGUGUAGUUGCAUUCCUGAGAGGCUGUUUAUUCCACUUUGUAAUAAAAAAAAACUUUAAAGAGGGAGUGUGCGUGCGUUUUAGUGUUGGA